AUGAAGUCUGUUCGAGCAAGUGUACACGAGAAUGCUCAUACGAGAUCUUUCACAGGAUGCAGCACAUGUCGAAGUCGGCAUGUCAAAUGCGACGAACGACGCCCCACAUGUUCAAUGUGUGAAUAUUUCGGUAUCGCCUGUGAGGGAUACAAAAAAGACAUUUUCUUCGACUUUGAGAGUUCCUCUGGUAAUCAUGGGAUGCGCUUUCGUCGACCGUUACUCUCGCUGGAGGACCGUCAGCGAAUGAGCGAAUGGCUUACUUCGAGUGCUCCCCCCAAGCAAACACUGAAGAUAUUGUCUCAUAUCGAUGAAAAAUGCGAACAAACACCUUACACAGAGGAUGUUGACAUUCAUCGAGGCCCGUUUGGCGCUUUCAGAAUUAAUCAAGAGAGGAGCACUGGUCCUUUGCCUGUGUCCUGCUGCGAGCCAGUCGUGAGCUUGAACCAAGCAGAAGACACAGAAUUUAGUUCUCCCCAAGAAAUGAGCACUUUUAAUCAUGACUAUGAGCUAUCCCCGCCGCCACCCCUUUCGCCAUGGUCGCAAGGCCUGAUGCACCUCAUCUUCAACCAACCCGAAACUGUACCCAGUCCACCUUCUCCAGGGGUCUUGGAAGCCAUGUUAAAUUCUCAUGGGGAAGAUCAUACAGAAUCACGAGAAUAUAUGCAGCUAGGAUUUAUGUCCGAUCUUUACUACAAUAAAGCAACAUCACCAACUUCCUUGUCUUCCACCAGCACCACGAUAUCCGUACCACACGACGCUGUCUUCCUUCUCAAACAUUACGCAUCAACGGUUAUCAGCUUGAUGACCCCACUCCGGCACUCUAAAACACCUUGGCAUGUUCUUUUUAUUCCUCAUGCCAAAAACUGUCUUGCAGCAUUGGCAUUGAACGACGAAAUGAGCCAUGCCUGUCUCUGUGCAUUCUACGGAACAUUGGCCAUUAGUGCAUUCAGUUUGGGAGGAGUUUCUCGGUCUCAAACCUGGCUUGAAAAGGCUAUGAUGUAUAAGCAAGAAGCUCGAAAGCAUGCACGGAUGAUGCUAAUGACUGCCUAUGAUGUCCCCAAGGUGGCCAAAUACAAGUCUAUCUUGAUGGCUUUAUUGACUAUGGUACAAGUCUCUACCUUUUCAGGCAACAGGAGUGAGACAGAGUGCUACUUCCUUGAAGCAGAAAAGUUCAUUCGAUUAAGAGGGCUGAAGCGCAAGAAAUCUCGCAAGGUCCGUUUACUUCAUCACUGCUAUGCGUUUGAGCGAAUAAUUCACGAGAGCAUCUUUAUCUGUGGCGCCAAUUCAACCCAGAGACAUCAUAUUCGCACAGCGAUUGAAUCAAGUGGGUUGGGAAUGUAUAGUCUUGACAGUCUUUCAUUCCGGCUCACCGGGUGGAAGAACCUCAACCAAGAGAUGAUGAGAGUACGCGGACAAGAGGAGGGUGAGAACGACUUGCAUCUUGAACGCCCGGGAUUUUGGUCUUCUACGCUAUAUCCUGAGAUAUUCGGUAUUCCGGAACAGUGGAUCUUCCUUUUAUCUCAAGUAAUUCGACUUGGGAAAGAGAAAGACGCAGCUGAGGGAGAUGACACAAGAAAAUGUCUCAGUCUAAAGGAAUUCAUAGGUCGAGCCAAGACACUGGAAGACUCAAUCAAUAAUCUCCACCUUCCCAGCCGGAACACAUUCGCGCCUGAGAACAACAGCUCUCAGCUCGACCAAGACAUAGUUGAUAAUAUGCUGGAAGCAAUGCAAAAUGCUUUGGCAAUUUACUUCUACCGUCGAGUCCACGACGUGGACGCCUCAAUCCUGCAGACCAAAGUCGUGGGUGUUUUGGAUAGAUUAUUACGGUGCGAACAUGCAGACUCUACUGUGGUACACGGCUCAGCAGGUUUCAUCUGGCCUGCUUUCAUCGCAGCAUGUGAAGCCGAGGACUCGUCUAUUCAAGCGUCAUUCUCAAAUUGGUUUGAGAGCUCGGCAUGUCGGAGUGGUCUUUCUUGUUUUACCGAUACUUUGGAUAAUAUCCAGAGGAUAUGGCAGGAAAAGUCUUGUGCCAAUGGGAAGAGUGUCACUUGGUUGGAUCUGAUGAAGAGUACUGUGCCUUUGACGUCACAUUUGUAA